CUUAAAAUCCAAUACAAAUCCAAAAAACGACCGUAACGCGAACAAGUCACCAAUCAAUCAUCUCUCUCUUAAGACCAAUCUUACCCGUCUCUCUCCGUAACAAAGUCCAUUCCUUUUCUCUUCCUGUCUCUUGAUGGGAGAUAAUUAUAAUUCGUCUCCCAUCACGAGCCAAACCCUAACCCCAUCUCAAAAUAAACCCUAAUUAACCUUCCAAAUCCAAAUUUCACGAUGUUUUCGUGGAAUUUUGCAAAAUCGGCGGAGGCUGUGCUGUCGCGGUUGGCGGUGAAGAGGCUGUGCAAGUUUGUAUUGAAGAAGAAAUUAGGGCAGUUUAUAUUAGGAGAUAUUGAUCUUGAUCAGCUCGAUGUUCAAAUCAGUGAAGGCACUAUCCAACUCAGUGAUCUUGCUCUUAAUGUUGAUUGUCUUAAUGAAAAGUUUGGGGUAGCGGCAUCAGUGAUGAUAAAAGAAGGGUCAAUUGGUUCAUUGUCGGUUAAAAUGCCAUGGAUGGGUAAAGGUUUUCAGGUUGAGAUGGAUGAGCUUGAACUUGUACUUGCACCCUGUUUGAAGAAAAGUAAUACACCAACUGGAGACGAGACUGGUAGUUGUAGUCAAGAUAGUAGACAUAGGCAGAAGGGUGUGGGAAAGUUUGGGAAUGAUUUGAUGGAAAACGCUGCAAAAUCUAGUCAUGUUGAUGUUCAUGAAGGUGUAAAGACAAUUGCAAAGAUGGUGAAGUGGUUUUUGACGAGUUUCCAUGUAAAGGUUAAGAAGCUGAUUGUUGCAUUUGAGCCGUAUUUUGAGAAGGAUGAAAAGAAGGUUGGGUGUCAAGAAACUUUGGUCCUCAGAGUAUCUGAAAUAGAGUGUGGAACCUGUGUUUCUGAAGACCCUAACUCGAGCUCUGACCAUGGAGUUGAGAACUUUCUUGGGAUAAGUCAUUUAAUGAAUCUUGUGGAGUUUCAAGGAGCAGUACUUGAACUUCUCCAGACAGAUGGCGUGUCAGAUUCAAGUUUUAGUGAGCAGUUUUUUGGGCAUUGCCGAUCAAAUCCUACAACUCCUAUUUUGACAGGGAAAAAAGGUGGAUUUUCAGGGAAUUUGAAGUUAAGUAUUCCUUGGAAGAAUGGUUCAUUAGACAUUCGCAAAUUGGAUGCUGAGCUAUGUCUUGAUCCUAUAGAAUUAAGACUUCAACCAAGCAAAAUCAAGUGGUUCCUACUUUCAUGGGAAACUUGUAAGCAUAUCGAUAAAGAUGGUGGGGGGGAUGCACAUUAUAGAUCAACAGAAUCUGUCUGCUUCAACUCCUCUUCUCAUUUCCAUUCAUCAUUAACCAGUCCUACUGCGUUUGCUAUUGAUAAUUCAAUCCCUGUUCAUGGUAGUUUUACAUCUGCCAUCUCAUCUUUUACCGGGAAAGAAUCAGUCAGUGAAGCAAUGCUAUCUGGAUCACAUCUUAUAUCUGACUGGGUGCCAAAUUCUAUUCAAAACGAGAAAGAUGGUAUCCAAGAAGAAUUAGACCUUGGAGCAAGUGUGGACCAGUUUUUUGAAUGUUUAGAUGGAAUGAGAAGCUCACAAUCAGCUUUGGGAAGCAGUGGGAUGUGGAACUGGACAUGUUCUGUUUUCAGUGCAUUAACUGCAGCAUCCAGCCUUGCUGCUGGAUCUUUUCAUAUUCCUUUUGAAGAUCAGCAUGUUCAAACGAACCUUAAAGCGACUUUGGCUGGAAUUUCUAUCUUGUUAUCCUUUCAGGAUGAUGAUCAGGAAGACUUGUAUGGUCAAAAGAGUGAUCAGAAUACUGUUGAUUUGGAGGUUCAUUGUCUGGGUGCAGAGUGCAAAGAUAUUUUUGUUGUUUUGCAGGUAUGUCCUCAAGAAAAGAGGUUUGAAGGAACAGUGAAGUCUAUUGAGGUUGCUGAUUACUUGUACAAUAAAAAUGAUGCCAUGAAUCUUCACUUGCACGAUUAUAGCAGUGAUAGCAACAGUGGAACUGUUUUGAUUAAAAAUCUGCAAGCUGAAGUUCAAGGUGCUCUCCCUCCAUUUCCUUAUUUGGAUGAAUCAAACACAUUAGUUGUACCAGGAGUUCCAUCUGGAAAUGCAACCAAAGUGAAAUUGCUCGGUACCUCAGGUGUCACUCGGUGCCAAUUUACUGUAAGUUCUAACUCGUCAGAUAAAAGGUUUACAGGGACAAAGUCAUUUUCAGUGCAACUGCCACUGUUAAUAUUCUGGGUGAACUAUGGUUCAGUAAACAUGAUACUGAGUCUCCUGAAGGAUGCUGAAAAAUCUGUUGAAAUGAGUGCCCAGAGGAGUGGAUUUCCAUCUGUCAAUAAGAAGUGUGAAUUUUCUCAUGGAAAUAUGAAAAAAGGUUCAAGUUCUGGGGUUUCAACGUUAACUUGUACAGAAAAUUUGCAAGGUAGUAUAUCAAUCCCUUGUGCAAGAGUAAUACUAUGUUUCCCAUUUGCAAGUGGUGGAGAUGUUGGAGGCCACUCUUCCUGGAAUCAAUUUAUUGCUUUUGAUAUUUCUUCACCAUUGACUUUGGAAGAGGGAAAAGUUCUAGAAAAUAGUCUAACAUUGAAUUCCUGUUCGCGGAAAAGGCAACCUCCAAGGGCCACUGGUUCUUUGCAUUUGAAUGUUGGUAAUCUCGAAGUUUAUUUGGUCAAUCCAGCAUGUAAGAAUGAUGGAAUUAGCUCAUCUACUGUAACACCAAGGCGUAAAUUUUGUGCGCAGAAGAUUGUGUCUGUCAGUAAUAGAGCUGGUUCUCUAUGUGCAAUUAAGAUGCUUUGGCAGGAAGACCCUGUGACUGGUCCUUCUAUUGCUGAGAUAGCCAAUUCUUUGCCAACUCCAGAGAGCAGAAGAAAAUUCAUGGUGAAAGGCUAUGAGUUUGCUAGUGCAACUGCUGUCAAAGAUUUAGGAGAUUUAAAUUCGCGAACCAGAGAGAAGAUAAUUUUGAGCUCUGCAUUCUUCUUUCACGUUCAUCUCUUUUCUGUUAUGGUUGAUGUUAGCAGUUCUCAGUACAGUAAUCUGCAUUGCCUUCUAGAUCAGAUGAUUAAUGGAUUACCAGGCAUGGCCUGCGAUGCAGUAAGUGUUGGGGAAUUGCCAUCUGUCAGUCCAACUUCAAUUCUUGUGGAGUGUGAAUCAGUAGAUUUUUCAAUUAGACCAGAUACAAAGGAUGAUAUAAAAAGUUCAUUACAGAGUGAACUUCCUGGAUCAUGGCAUUAUUUAAAAUUGAAAAUCCGAAAAUUUGAUAUGUUGUCUGCCUCAAAUAUUGGAGGUAUCAGGGGUGCCAAUUUCUUUUGGCUGGCCCAUGGAGAAGGUAAAUUGUGGGGUUCCAUCACUGGAGUUCCAGAUCGAGAGUUUCUUCUGAUUUCUUGUAGCAACUCCACUAUGAAACGUGGAGAUGGAGGAGGUUCCAAUGCAUUGUCUUCUAUGUUGGCUGGUUCUGAAAUUAUACACGUAUGGGAUCCAGAGAGUUCACGUGAUUUCACAUCUGUUACUGUCAGAUGUGCCACAAUUAUUGCUGUUGGUGGUCGCUUGGAUUGGCUGGAUGCAAUAUCCUCCUUCUUCACUUUGCCAUCUCCUGAAGUUGAGAAGGCAAGUGAUGAAAGUUUGUCAAAGGGGGGUUUGAAUGCCCCUUCUGGAACUUCUUUCAUUCUAAAGUUGGUUGAUAUUGGUAUAAGUUACGAGCCUCACUUGAAGAAUUCGGUAAUUGGGGCUCUUCAUUCCGAGACUGGUUCCUUGUAUUCCAAAGAAGAAACAGGUGAGCCACAUGUUGCCUGUCUAUUAGCUGCAUCUUUGUUUUCACUUUCCAACACAACAAUGGAAGAUUCUAUUGAUAGUGAUUACAAAAUUAGAGUGCAAGAUGUGGGGCUGCUUCUUGGUGCCGCACAUGAUCAUGGUGGGACUUAUAGUGUGGAAUAUCUUCAUAAGAUGGGUUAUGCAAAAGUUGCUCAUGAGGCCCUGUUUGAAGCAAUUUUGAGAACUGACUGUAAGAAUGGCCUUCUCUGGGAGCUAGAAUGCUCAAAAUCCCACAUUUAUGUGGAAACUUGCCAUGACACAACUUAUGGUCUGAUUCGCUUGGCUGCACAAUUCCAAGAGCUUUUUGCCCCUGACUUGGAGGAAUCAGUUGUGCACUUGCAGAAUAGGUGGAAUAGUGUUCGUCAGGCCCAAGAAAGAAACAAGUUAAAUGAUGAAGGCGGGAUUUCCAAUCAUGAUUGUGUUCCAUCAACUUCUCAAGUGCACACCCCUACUGCAGAUACGAAGAGUAAACUUGGGGUGGCUGGUUUAAUGGAUGAGAUAUGUGAAGACGCAUUUCACUUGCAUGGGACUCAAGCAUGCCAGCUUGAUUCAUACGGAUCAGAAAUUCAUGUUUCACCUGAUGAAAGUCUCCUUGGAGAGGCUUGCAGCCUCAGUGUUGAAACUCCAGACUUUUUCUUGGAAGAUCUCUCUUAUGAUGGGUCAGUGCCUUUGGCAGGCCUGGAAAGUAGUCAAACCACAUUUCUACAGAGUGGUUCUUUCCCAGAAUUUAUAGAAGGUUAUUACUUGCCUGAUUUAUGCCCUUCGCCAGAAUUGUCAAUAGGCAGGCAAACACCAUCUGAGAAACUUAAAUGCAAAUCCAAGAAUUUUGACGAUGCAGAUCAUGGAAGAGGAAAUGGUGGAUGGUACGGGGAUGCCCCUUUAAGCAUUUUUGAAAAUCACAUUUCUGGAGCAAGUGGUGAAGCUAGUGUGAAUCAGGUUUUGGAAGACCAGCUUCCAACUAUGUAUUCUGAUGAUUUUGGGAAGGCCACCGGAAGAGUGCUUUUUAAGAACAUUAAUGUGAGCUGGAGAAUGUAUGCUGGUUCUGAUUGGCAGGUACAUAAAAGGAAUGGCGAUCCUUCUAGUCAUACUUGUGGACGGGAGACAACUGUUUAUCUGGAGCUUGCAUUAUCUGGAAUGCGAUUUCAAUAUGAUGUCUUCCCAGUUGGUGGGAUAUAUGCGUCUAAGCUUUGUCUUUCAGUUCAGGAUUUUCAUCUUUAUGAUGGGAGUAAAACCGCACCUUGGAAACGGAUACUAGGAUAUUAUCAUUCAAAAGAUCAUCCUAGGGAAUCCACUUCAAAAGCAUUCAAGCUGGACUUGGAAGCUGUCAGACCAGAUCCUCUAAUUCCUCUUGAGGAGUACCGGUUACGAAUAGCUCUCCUUCCUGUGCUAUUGCAUCUUCAUCAAAGCCAGCUUGAUUUUCUCAUUAGCUUUUUUGGGCCCAAAAGCUUGUCCGCAGGCCAGUCUUCAGACCAAGAUCAAAACUCAGACGGUGCAAAGACUUCUGCAACAAAUAGCAGUAAUCUUGCAGGACAUACAAUUGCAAAUGAAGCAUUGCUUCCCUUUUUCCAGAAGUUCGACAUAUGGCCUAUUAUUCUUCGAAUUGAUUACAGUCCCCAUCAUGUUGAUCUGGCAGCAUUGAGUAGUGGGAAGUACGUGGAACUUGUGAACCUUGUCCCCUGGAAGGGGGUUGAACUACAGCUAAAACACGUUCAUGCUGUUGGUGUCUAUGGCUGGGGCAGUGUAUGUGAAACAAUUAUAGGGGAGUGGUUGGUGGAGAUUUCUCAAAAUCAGAUACAUAAAAUUUUGCAAGGUCUUCCUACCAUCCGGUCCUUUGUUGCUGUGGGUUCUAGUGCUGCAAAGCUUGUUUCCUUGCCUGUUGAGAGCUACAGGAAGGAUCAUAAAAUAAUCAAGGGAAUGCAAAGAGGUACAUUUGCAUUUCUAAAACGUAUAUCACUUGAAGCUGUUGGACUUGGGGUGCAUCUGGCAGCUGGGGCUCAUGAUAUUUUGCUCCAAGCAGAAUGUAUUCUUACAGGUGUUCCUUCUGCUCCUUUAUCAUGGUCUUUACCGGGAAAAACUAAAGCAAAUGUAAGGUGCAAUCAACCAAAAGAUGCCCAGCAAGGAAUUCAGCAUGCGUAUGAGAGUCUCAGUGAUGGACUGGGAAAAUCUGCUUCUGCUUUAGUGCGAACUCCAUUUAAAAAAUACCAGCUUGGAGCCAGUGCAGGGUCUGCCCUGGCAACUGCUGUGCAGGCUGUUCCUGCUGCUGCCAUAGCUCCUGUUUCUGCUUGUGCAGGUGCAGCCCAUUAUGCUCUUCUUGGCCUUAGAAAUAGUCUUGACCCUGAACACAAAAAAGAGUCCAUGGAGAAAUAUCUGGGUUCCACAAAGCCAAAUGAUUGAGAUUGAUUGAAAUGCAUGAUGAGACCAUUGCAUGACAAAUGGAUAGAGAAGGAUUCUUGCUGCUCUCUUUCCAAGAGAAGGUCACGAGAGACCUCGGUUGUCACUAUAGCCGACAUGUACAAAGUGUGCAGUUUAACAAAACCAUCAAACAGAUUCUUUUCCAUCUGGAUGAAUUAGUAACUUUGUACAUUUUGUAAAUAGCCAUUGAUGCUUGUAAGAUUUUAGCCAUACAGAUUGAGAAUUGUAAUUUAUCUGAAUUGGUUAGCUGGUGAUAGAGAAGGUAUGUUGUUUCUAUUUGCUGUACAUAAUUCAUUGAAUGCUUACAAGAAUCAAAAGGUUUGAUCAUUUUAUGUAAUUAUUGGAAGUGAGAUUUUUUA